UUUCAAGCAACAGGUUUCUGUGUCAGGGAAUACAUCCUCCGUAGAUCCAUGUAGGACACGACAACCAAGCAUGAAUGGCAAUGAACUGUACGUUUUUUUCUUUCACAAACGCACGACAGUCAAUUUACUAAUAAACAUGGUGAUAUCUGUCCUGAUUGUCUUUUUUCUGAGAUUCCCGUCUUCAGAGGGUGAAAACGGUUCGAAUGACUGUCCAGCCGGAUUAACAGGACCUGGUUGUAAGACGACCUGCAGCCAGUACUGUGUAGACCGUAAAUGCCAUUUACUUACCAGCGGGGGUACCAACUGUACACUUGGUUGUAUUGCGGGUCGUCAUGGAACGCCAUGUACACUGGAAUGUUCACGCAACUGCCAACAUUGCGAGAGAUAUAAUGGAGAUAUAUGUAGACAUCCAAAGUCAACUGACGAUGCCAAAGACACUGGCCAGGGUGAUGCCGUCAACUUGAGGACGCUGGUCAUUAUCAUAAUAUCUUUGGUUGUGUUUGCUGGGAUGUGUAUAGUUGUGAUCUCUUUGCUUGUAUACCGACACUGUAGAGCAAGAGCAUCCCUUCCUACAGACGGUGGAAAGGAAGAACGGAGAAAACGGUUUCGAAGAAAACUUCCUCCGCUACCACCCUCUCGAUGUGGAAAAGGUGACAUUUCAUCUACCCAUACUGCUCCACACGACUACUGCGAGGUGAAGGAAGCACACGGAGACACGUCGAGCACAGAUAAUCAAAGGGACCAUGUUUAUGAUCUGGAUUUCCCAGAACAACCCUCCGAGGGCAGCCCUGUUUCCUUGACUCACAUAGAAAUGAAGGUUCUUGUUUCUCCACAGAGGAACACAGAUACACAAAGCAAAACGGACUGUGACAAUUUACAUAAAAGGAGCAUGGCUGGUGUAAUGGAUGACCACUUAUCAGUCGGGGAAUGUCCCAGAUCAGGAGAAAUAUGAAACUGAACAUUGAAAUGUAAACAUUUGCUCUUGUUUAAAACCAGCUCUACACUUUCUGGGAUAUUCAUUGAUUUAAUAACAUUGUAAGGUGUUUGUUUCUAUUCCAUUGAAAUCACCGAAAUGAAAAAUAGGAAUAAGUGCUAUUCAAGUACACAUGUAAUAUCAUUACUCAAUUAGUGCAGUUGAAAAUGUUUGAUCUUGAUGAAUAUGAUAAAAAAUCAGCAUUGCACUUAUAUAGGUGAAUGUAGGUGAACCAGUGAUUGCCGAGAGGGGACAUCGCCUUCUCGCCUUCAACUUUUUCUUUUACGAUAUUUCGCAAAAACUACACAGAAAAUUCGCAAAUAAUUUGCGAAUUUUGCGAAAAUUCAAUGCCGAGGUGCUUGUAAAAUAGAAUUCAAGCAUACAUACCGCCAAACAUACCUCCAAACAUACAUACAUACAUACAUGUUAACAAACCUGGAUACAUAAUCGGGGCGAACAGUGAUUCGAAACCACGAUCAUGGGUUUCUAGCGUGCCCAAGGGGCGCAACUCUGCACAGCCAAUCUGUCUUCACAUGUUAUCAGGCUGAACUUCUAGUGGUGAACGCGUCAUGUGUAGAGAACGUCGUGAUUCAACCAGCAGCAAGUGCAACGAAAGGACUAACACUACGCACUUCCUAGUGUAGCUAUUUACACAUUGUAUAUUUAUUUUAAUAACUACAUUUACCUUGUGACCGGAUGUCCAAACCAGCUGAGAUACUCAUGUUGUAGGUACGGUAGUACACAGAUGUCAAUAUGAUGGGGAGACAUGAUAUCGUGGUAUAUUUUACAUUUUUAAUGCUGUUUGUGAUAUGACCAUUAUAAAUACAUUGAGUACGAUGUUAUGAGAUGGAACUGUCGAUUAACAGAAGAUUACCGUUAAUACACUUCCUAAUGACAUGUUCUGGCUUCGUAUACCUAGUUACAGCAACAAAUCUAAAACACAUGCUGCUUAGAUAAUGCCGAUUUUCUGCAGCCCUCUAGAUAUCUUUCUAUUUGCACUCAAACAGUCGUAAACCAAUUACAACGCCACUGUGCACGUAAGCUUGGUUCGGUCUCGUCAUAUCAUCAAGUUAACGGAGCGUUAUAAGUGUAAUAACGCCAUCGAACAAUGAGUGAUGUCAUUUGCUUCCAUGACGAUGACACUAUAAAACUGAACUUAAAAUGAAAGUUUUAUUAAUGUCGCCAUGUCCAACACCUCGAUUGUCACCUUUCAGGAAAUGAAGGAAUGAAGGUAGUUAAUGCGUACAGAUGAACAUAUAUAUAAACAGCUUAUGUAAAUAGCACUCUUACGUAUGCAAAGCUUGAAUUUGUUUUUAUAUAUAGCAUUCUAUUCAUUGGUGGUUAGAAUAUUUUAGAAAGUUAAAUACUAUGCUUUUAUGCUAAACUGUUAAGACGGUGAGUGAUUUCCCUGUAUGACCCUGUAUCUAGAGUGUGAAUUUGGCGCGGGAGCGAAUAUGAUUGCCCUUAUAAUAGGAUGAACACCAACUGCCGUCAUUUUCAUUGGAAAGUAAGUAAGAUUUUUAUUUUGAUUAAAAAAUUUAAAUUAUCCGACUACAAACCAGAGACACCCUUCAGAGCUCUAGUUGCAGACACACCAGUUUGGGGAAACUGUACAAGUCCUUAGUGUAUGUGUGCUCAUCCGCUAAUGUCAAGGUGUUCUUGCGUCGGGUGUACGGGUGUACUUUCUUAUCAGCAAUGUUAGCAAGCAAGUCACGUUUGACCUACAUAUUGUUCAAUAAACCCCGACUGCAAGCCCUGGUUUAACACAGCACAAAUAUUUCCUUGUGAAUACACGAGCAGUUUGUUUCGGUUUUUCCAUGUGUCUGUAUACAGUUACAUUGACCUAGUGUUGCAUAGCAACAUACAAACACCUAUGACAAUUUUAAUGAAGGUUACUAUUUGCAAAGUAUUUAAAGUAUGAUAAAUGGCAUUAUAUUUAACUCACCUGAGUGCAAGUUAAUGAAAAUGUUUACAUAAUGAAUCUUAACUUAACUAUUUCAAAUCCAACUGUAGUAAUGAUCAAAAUGAGUGAGUUAGAUUUAACGCCGUUUUGAAGCGCAUUUGACUGCGGUAUGUCAGCGUAAUGUCAUCUUCCCAAGGCUGGCGGGCACUUGUGCUUCGGGAUGAUGGCGAAAAGUAAGCGUUGUCAUUUUCCUAAAAUUGAAAACAUCGACGAUGGAUAAGGAAGUGACGGUCGGAGGUCGCAUUCUGGUUGGAUCUGGGCCUGGGCCUAGCACCCUCUAGCACUGUGUCCCGGCAUGUCUAGGAACGAACCUCUGCGCAGUAUUCGAGCAGUUGGCCACCCGCGUCCCUCUUUAGCAUGCAGGUAUCAGGCAUAACAUGCACUACAGCCACGGAGGUAUUACCUCACCCCGGCAACUGUAUAUUGUGUAGUUGUUUGUUUGGAUCAUAAGGGGAUUACUAGUUACUGUACUACCUGCUUGCUAUCGCGAAUCUGGUCGUAAGGAUUGAAUUGUUCUUUUCGAAAUGACUUUAUGCUGGGACAUUUGCCAAGAAACUUUCUUUAAUUUAUGUCAUUUCAAAAAUCUAGUUUUAAUUUCAUUUCAAAGGAGAGUGACGAAUUAAAAAAUAAAAAAUAAAUUAAUAAAGUGUAAACGGUUGUAUCUAUUAGAACAUCCAUCCAUGCUUGACUGUCGAAUGCUGUUAUAUUUCUACUUAGAGGCUCA